GGAAGACUUGGGUAGUUAAUUCCCAAGGUUAGUAAAUAAUUACUGGAUUUGCAAAUGUAUUAUCAGAGUCACCUACAGACUUCAUGAUCCCUAACUCAUCCUGCAGUGGGAGAGACUAUUUCUAUGUCCCAUUGGUGGCCCACUGUCAGGGAACCCAAGUGAUGGCCCACUGUCAGGGAACCCGAGUGAUGGCCCACUGUCAGGGAACCCAAGUGAUGACCCACUGUCAGGGAAUCUGAGUGACAGCCCUUUGUCAGGGAAUCUGAUUGAUGGCCCAUUUUCAGGGAAUUUGAGUGAUGGCCCAUGGUCAGGGAAUCUGAAUGACGGCCCAGUUUUGGGGAAUCUGAGUGACGGCCCAUUGUUAGGGAAUCUGAGUGACGGCCCAUUAUCAGGGAAUCCGACUGAUGGCCCACUGUCAGGUAAUUUGUGUGACGGCUCAUUGUCAGAGAAUCUGAGUGAAUGCCCAUUGUCAGGGAAUCUGAGUGACGGCCCACUGUCCGGAAUCUAACUGACAGCCCACUAUCAGGGAAUCUGAGUGACGGCCCAUUGUCAGGGAAUCCGAUUGAAUGCACACUGUCAGGGAAUCUGAAUAACAGCCCAUUGUCAGGGAAUCUGAGUGACGGCCCAUUGUUAGGGAAUCCAAUUGAAUGCACAUGGUUAGGGAAUCUGAGUGAUGGCCCACUGUCAGAGAAUCUGAGUCACGGCCUAUUGUCAGGGAAUCUGAGUGAUGGCCCACUGUCAGGGAAUCUGAGUGAUGGCCCACUGUCAGGGAAUCUGAGUCACGGCCCAUUGUCAGGGAAUCUGAGUCACGGCCCAUUGUCAGGGAAUCUGAGUGAUGGCCCACUGUCAGGGAAUCUGAGUCACGGCCCAUUGUCAGGGAAUCUGAGUGAUGGCCCACUGUCAGGGAAUCUGAGUCACGGCCCAUUGUCAGGGAAUCUGAGUGAUGGCCCACUGUCAGGGAAUCUGAGUGAUGGCCCACUGUCAGGGAAUCUGAGUCACGGCCCAUUGUCAGGGAAUCUGAGUCACGGCCCAUUGUCAGGGAAUCUGAGUGAUGGCCCACUGUCAGGGAAUCUGAGUCACGGCCCAUUGUCAGGGAAUCUGAGUGAUGGCCCACUGUCAGGGAAUCUGAUUGAAUCCAUUUUCAGGGAAUCUAAGUGACCUAUUUUGUAGCUGAAUCUUGUAUAUUUUUGUAUCUGAAUAUGAAUCCUGUGCUGCUCCCUCCUGCCAGUGUAUGAACAUGUUACUCUAAGCAGAGACACUCCCUUAAUUCUUUGGUUGCUGAAUGAUUUGUUUCUCGAUUAUGAAACGUUAGAAUCUCCUACGUUUCCCGUAUUAUGCAUGUUAUUUAUUUUACCAGACUUUACAUUGAUCUGACAUAUAACAAAUUAUGGGGAAGGAACAGAACUGGUUUAAUAAACACAUUCAGUCUUAUAUCAUCACGUACCGUUUAAUAAAUACGUUAAGUGCUCACUCACGUUUGUAUUGGUGCCCCUUGAAUUGAUUAUGAAAGUCUCAGCCAUUGGGAAAGAUCCUCGUCUUUUCUACUUGACCCUCUUUAUUUAGGAGGUGUUAUGUGCAUUAAUCUUAUCACUGCUAACAAUAUAUAGACGGCUCAGUAUGUAUUGUAUACAUUGUAUCACAUUGCAGGCAAAUCAUUGUAUUCUGUCUAAAAAGGAACCACUUUAAUAACCUGUAAUCUGGGACGUAAUCCUACCCGUUUACAAACCAUUGAACCACGGACACCAACAAGGGGAAUUUCAACCAUACAGGGUUAUUUACUAAUGUGAGAAUUCAAAAGAAAAUUUUAAUUUUAAGUUUAAAGUCGCCGAACUGGAAAAAUUCUCCAAGUCAGUUAUGCUUCCAGUUCAGGUACUCUGCCCUAAAUUUGAAUUUCAUUUAGAAUUCCCAAUUUAGUUAAUUAAACGGUUUGGCCCAUUACUCCUUAAAGUUGGCAAUUCAGUUUUCAAUUCCUCUGUUUUUUUCAAUAAUUUUUUUAUUGAUUGAUUUCUCUUUUUUUUUUUUUUUUUAAAUAAACCUGUGUUGUGUUUGCAAACGAGAGCAGAGUAUUUUUUGAACAAAAGGUUAAACAAUGAAGUUAACCAAGGCCGCGCACACGCAUUAGACCUCCCCAUAGGAAAGCAUUAUACAAUGCUUUCCUAUGGGUAUUUCGGCGACGCUGGAGGUCCUCACAUAGCGUGAGGACGUCCAGCGUCGUUUUAAAACACUUUUUAUGUUCGCAGAAGUCUCCUCUAGUGGCUGUCUACUAGAGAAAUACCUCUUGUAGCGUGUAGCGGUUUGCAUUAAGGCUGUCCUCAAAAUUUGUGUAUGCUUUCGUGUAUUGCUUGUUCUAUGUGUUCACAUUGUAUGCAGCAUUCGACUGAUUGUUCGGUAAAAUAACUCCGUUUACUAUACAAGUGAAACUACCGAACAAUCAGACCACCCCAGGGAUAAGUGUGCCUCUCAUUACCGCUCGCAACAAUGUUGCAAACCCCUAAUUGGCAAUCGGUACUUUGUUCUAUUUGGGAUACGAACACGUGGCGGCGACCAUAUUAACUCCCGAACAGCGGUGUUUGGUCGUCGAGUAUCUGGAACCCAAAUCGGACACUCGACUAAGCAAACACCUCUGAGACCUCCAGACUUCCAUAACUUUGUGUGGAAACAACCGAAUGAGCCGCCAUUCGGUAGAAAGAAUCAUCCGAACAAGGGGAUUCACAUGAAAGCAAGCAACACCCAUUUCAUUCGUUAUUUUCAUACGUUUAUACCCACGAACCAAGACCGACCGCAAGGCAAAAACUUAUGGAACUAUUUUCGGCUACUGUUACCUGUGCGGUCGGUCAAAACUUUACUCUCCCAUAACUCCCGAACCCCUGGUCCGAUCUGGGUGAUUUUUGAGUAUGUUACUCACUCAGAUAAGGGCUAUCAGGGGAUGCCCUAUUUAUGAGUGUACCCCAUGUAUUUGGUGUACAUCCAGAAACUGGGGAAAUACUGUACACGGAUUAAAUGGAUUAUGUGUCAUGCUGAGGGGAGGAGAUAUGUGGGAGGUAACAUGUAUUUUAUUGGUUACUGUAAUAAUUACUGUGGGUGUCUCCCUUGCAUGGGAGAAUUGCUUAAAAGCAGGCAUGAGAAAUUAAACCUGAGUUCAGUUCUGUUCCUAAUGCUGUGUGUCAUCCAGUCAUUGGGAAACGUGUGGGAUACUUUUGGAUUACUUUACAAACCGUGGAUAUUAUUCUCUUGGGUUUUAUUACUUGUUCCUGAGCCUUAUUUGGAUUACCAGCUGAGAUAGUCUGUGAAAGACUAGCACUCCGCUACAUAGCAGUCACUCAGAUGGCCACUAGAGAUGUUUCCAGGGUCAGUGCUGCAUAAUGUACAGCACUGAUAUUCAGUGUCGCCAUGGAGCUGAACAUUCCUCAGACAUGUAUUGAUACAAUGCAUCUCUAAGAGGAGAUUCUGAUUGGCACAGCAUGCUGAGCAUGUACAAAGGCCUCCCAAUGCUUUCCUUUGGAAAGGAGGUGGAGAGGGGGCAGGGCCAGCCACAAUCAGACCCGCAUAGCGCUGGAAAAAAAGGUGACGUUUACACCGUCUUAAAGUAUGUAAUGGGGGGGCUUGGGGCCUAAGCAGCGAUUGCAAAACUAUAGUGUCAGGAAAACUUUGUAGUGUUCCUUUAAUAUUACUAUGAAAAUUGUUAAAGUGUUAAAAUCUGUAUUUUUUCACAGCAUGCUGUCCUUGACAUGGGUGCAGAAAUGAUAAUUUAUCUUUAUAGACUGAUGGUAUAAUACAAGUGAUUCUGUGGACUGUAGCAUCAGAUCUCAUGAUCCGCCAAUUAAAUUGUUCUAAUUGAAUGCUAGGAUUCUCUAUGAGAAUCUCAGAACGCAACACUGCUCAUGCACGCAUUGUGUGUUCGCAAGCGGUGGGCUGGUUGUGAAAUCACUCACCUCUCAGUACACCACACAUUACAAGAGCAGGUUCGGGACAUGCAGAUGCCCAAAUUCGUCAAAGCGUGCAGACAUCACUGCAUGCUUGGGUAUGAGAGCCCAGAAGUGAGAAUCCUGGCUUUCAAACCUUCCAACAAAACUAGAUUGCAUCGUGGGGAAAGCAGACAGGGAGCAUAUAAGGCACAAUAACAGCUUCAAUAAAAUAAGUUGUAAUAAUGCCUACACUUUAACUCAGCAUUGUAAACGUUGUAAAAGUCCAGCUGUUUACCUUUAUUUGCCGAGGUUAGAAAUGUGACAGCCACAAGCCUACACAAAAGAGAUAACUUGGCUGUGUCUCUCCUCUAUAAAUCCAUCAAUCCCAAACUAUCUGUGUGAUUGAAGAGACGCUGUUUAACACAUUUUAAAGCUCUCUGUGCACAGCCUCAGUUAUGAACAGUUAAGAGGGUUCUGGAACUUGUACGUCAGAUAUCAGGAUUCUAGUUAUGAAAGCUCUGAAGUAAACUGCAACUCCCAGAAACUUUAGUUGUGCUUUUCCUAAUGUACACCGGUCUUCUUGGAAAAUCACUAUAUAGAAAGAGUCAGAAGGAGUAGGCUAUAUGCAAUCACAUAUUGCAGUACUAUAACCAAAAAAAAAAGUCUAGCCCAAACGCUGUAAAAUACAUUUCGUGUUUGUACAUUGCAGCACAAUACCUUAUGAAACUAAUGACCUCUAGUGGCUGCGUGCAGAUAACGUUGAGAAGUGCAUUAUUUCAGUGACAUACAAGGCAUACUGUUUUAACACCUUAUGGACGGAGACAAUUGUCCAAGUUCUGAUCAAAAUAAAACCUGGAAUUUGAGCAUGUGGGAAAAAUGAAGAAAUAUUGUUAUUCUUAUUUUUGCAUGACAUUUAACUGUAAAUGUCAUAAUACUGUUAGUUUUUACACUCAUAUUUGUCUUCAGUGAUGUCUUAUGAGUACAACAGUGCCCCCCGCUCCCCUCCCCUCCCCUCCCAUCCCGGUACAGGUUUUAUGGGCGCACUCCCAUUUUUUUCUGUGUAGAUUUGGAAUACAGACCAGAUUUCUAUUGGGCUGAGCAUCCCACCCAUCUACUACGGGUUCCCCUUUGGAGGUGACCACAGGAAAGCUUAAAUUGAGGAGUCUCUUAAAGCAGUUAAUACUGCAAGUAAGUAUUGCAAGUUAGCAUGUAAUUCUCCCAAGUUAAAAUUAGUGGAAGACCCACCGAUGUUGGGCGUACUGUGAUCUGUGAUGUAGUGGGUGGCUUAACACAAUAAGGCAAUAUGGUGGAACUGUAAUGUAAACAUUGCAUUUUCUCUGAAAAGACAGUGUUUACAGCAAAAAGCCUGAAGGGAAUGAGUCUACUCACCAGAACAAAUUCAAUAAGCCGUAGUUGUUCUGGUGACUAUAGUGUCCCUUUAAGGAUUUCUUUUACAAUAUAUCUUUUCUGAUGUUGGGUGGAACAAGGUGGGCAGGGAUAAUCAUGUGUGUCGUGGGGGUAUUAGAAAGGUAAUAUUACCUUGUUCCAGGGUCGGACCGCCUACAGGGACUGGUGUUGCUGGUAUGGCUGGCACAUUGGCUGCUUCCAGUCUCUCCAGUCUGUUGUUUAUCUGGCCUCUUGAAGACAGUACGGAAGACAUCAUGCCAUAUAAAUCUGCCAUAUUGUUAGAACUGGGCCCCUCCGCGGCAUCAGUAAUGUCUGUAUUUGUUCUCCUAAGUUUAAAUAGUUCUACUUUCAUGGCCGUAGUGAGGAAAUAAAUGUUUAUUUUCUUCAGCUCAGCAGUAGUCUUCGCCAAGAUCUCCCCUCUUUUCCUAAUGGGAUUCUUUAAUUGUGGCAUUGAUAGAAUUGGGGUUGGGUGAACUGAUGAUAUAUUUUGAUAUGCGCAUGUCUAGUAAUGGUGUAUGUUGCCACAGCAACAGUCCACCAUGCUUGUUUAUACUUAUUGUUUAUACUUAUUGUUUACUUUGUGAUUGCUCAGGGUUACACAGGUGUUGGAAGUGAGAGUUUUUCAAAGGAGGGGCUACCGCCUUUUUCACUUUUGUUUACCUAUAUAAACCUAGCUGGUAGUGACUUUAGACUCGCCCUUGACAAAGGUCUUUUUUUGCCGAAAUGCUGGGUGGCUGUGUUCCUUGAUCACUAACUAAGUAUAGUACCUUUUGUACAGCAAUUGACUUCUUCUUUUUUUUUACCGUGCGUUUUUUGAGUAUAUUACUUGCUGUAUUACAAUACAAAAUAAAGUAUCUCUUUGAAAUACCUGCAUGGUUAUAUAUAUUACUGUGAAUAUUAAUGAAAUACAUGUAUACGAUUUUUGACUUAUGAAAUGUGUAUUUAUUGGUGUCUACCAGUAGUUUCAGAGUAUCUUUAUAUUUUUGAUUAUGUAAUAAAGUUUAUUUUUGUAUAUAUUCAUAACAGGAGCGCAGGCUAUUAAUUUAUUAUAUUUGGUUACAUUUUGUUUUGAUCAGAACGUGUACAAUUGCCUCUGUUCUUAGGGGUUAAGCACGCUGGACUCGUAUUCGUAUUAAUGGAAAGAGCUACUAGGUAGAUAAUUUAAUAGGAAUCAAUUUCCCAUAAGUAUUGUAAAACCAACGUAUAUAAUAGAGACAUAUGCAGUGUGACGUUCUACAUAUGGGGUAAAGAAACGUAGCAAACCUUGCGCUGAGAUCAGCAAGAUCCCCUUUCAAUUAGCACCUUGACUUAGUGUACUUAAAUUAUAACCAUACAUGACAAAAUCAAUAGGAGCAAAUUACAAUGGAAUAUCUAUUUAUUAUUAAUGCUGAUUUAUGUAACCAACACUUAAAGCUGCUUAAUUAGCUGUUAGGCUGCAAAUCACAACAGGCUCUGGAAACCCUUACGUUGCCAUGGACUUAUGCACUAACUCGUUUCUGCUUCCCUUUAUCUCUGUAAUCAGCUGCUGGGAAUACUCAAAGUAGUCCCACAACUGAUGGAUUAUCAAUAAUCAUUCUAAGGUUUAAUGAUCAGAAAUCGUGUAUAUAUAAAAAAAAUCACAGUUUGUCUAUGGGUCUAUACAUCAACGGCAACAUUAACCAAUCGUGUGAGUCUCAGACCCAAAAGUGUAAUUUUUCAUAUAACAUUAUGUAAUGCUUUUAGUUCUGUUAACUGAUGCACGUGACAGUCUUAGAUUUAGGAACCAAAUAAAAAAAUUGCAGGUGCUAGAAAGAAUGCGAUUUUAUCAAGUGCAGAUUGUUUAUAAAAGAUAGCGAAAGCUGGUGUCAGGCGCAAGAACACAAGAACAGAAAAUAUUGUAUGUUUAUUAUAAUCAGGCCUACUGACCAUUUGUCUUUCACGCUAUGUGUACCGAAUUACUUUAGUUAUGUAAUAAGAAAUACAGAAGUAGAAAGCAGGACAUGAGACUGACGCCCUGUAACAUAAAAUAUAUAUAGCUCUGUAUGUCUAGGGGAAUAUUCACAAAACUAUUUGUUUUCCAACAUUAUCCUAAACCCGAAGUGUAGCUAAGAGAAAUAAUUCACAAUAAUAAAAGCAAAAACAAAAUUCUUUUAAUUAAUAUUGUAAUACAAGCAUGUCAAACUAGCGACCCGCAUGCUUACUAAGGUAGAGUAGGCACCUGCUCUCCCCACAUUGCAGAUGCCUACUCUGCUAAAAUUUAUCCAGCCGGGGAGGAGAGGAAUGUGGCGGCAGCAAGGGAGCUCAGUCUUCCUGCUCCUCACUGCUCCCUUGCGCGCGCCCUCCCUAAUGAUGUCAGGUGCCGGAAUAUGACAUCAUUCUGGCACCCGGCAUCGCUUAACGGUAAUCCAGGGGGGACGGUAAUCCAGGGGGGCCCACCCAAUGAAAAGCGUCACAAGGAUUGCAUCGCCUUAUUGACUCCAUCUAUCCUGUAUAUCUCCCAAUUAUCUCCCAAAGAGGGAUGGGUUUGGGAGAAGCGGUCCUUGACUUAUCUUUUAGGUCCCGUGAGUACAAACCUACAUUUCUAUGAAAAUGUAAGGUUUGGGUUUUUUUGUGGCCCACAUAAACUUAAACCUUGUUUAUUUGGCCCAUGCUAACCUUUGAGUUUGACAUGCUUGUUGUAAUAGAACAGAGAAAUUCAUAUCAUGCAACAUCAUGUAAAACCACUAGAUGGCAGACACAACUACUGAAACUUCUGUAGCUGAACUAGCCUGUAGUCAAACGGGGGUUAAUGACGAGUGUGUUAAAGUGGCUGGAAGUUUAAACGUUGGGCGUGAUUUUUUGGCUAGUUUGUUUUUUCCUUGGAGGUUUUGCCUUUGUUAAAUCAGCUCCGGUUAGAUUCCCCUGACUCUUCAUUGCAUUGCAAUAGAGGUAGGUAAGCCUGAAGGACCUGGAUUUAGUAGAAUCGGAGCUGAGAAUACUCUUCCAGAAUGGAACUGGAAGUAAGGUCUUACAAUAUCAGACAUGGAUAGGUUGUCAGGCAGUCCCACCGACCAAAUAACUGGGGUAGGUAAGUAUGUGUAGGCUCAGGGGCUCAAAACUGUUACACAGUCUUUGCUGCUGCAACCGCUUUUAACUCCAUUUAAUGCGGGACUGCAUAGAACACAAAAUGUGUGCUAACAGGAGGGUGGCUGCAAUUUGUUUGUAUCUGUGUGUCAGUGUGUAUCUGAAUGUGUUUGUGCCAGUGUGUAUGUGUGUGUAUGUGUAUGUAUCUGUGUGUCAAGGUAUGUGUAUAUACCAAUGUGUGUGUUUGUGUCAGUGUGUGUAUCUGAGUUUCAGGUUGUGUUUAUGUGUCAAGGUAUGUGCAUGUAACCAGGUGUGUGCAUGUAACCAGGUGUGUGCAUGUGUCGAGGUGUGUGAACGUGUCAGUGUGUGCAUGUGUGUGUAUCUGUGUGUUAAUGUGUAUAUAUACACAAUUAAACACAACAUACAAACACACCCCCAAAUUGAAACUACAAAUGUAUAUACAAACACACCCCUUCACUCAAACACCAAUACUACAUACAAUGUACAUCCGCAUUUAAAAGACAUCCAAACACACGCCUGCAUGCAAAUGCAAACAUUACAUACAAACAUACCCCUGUAUUAAAAUGCAAAAAUUAUAUACAAACACCAACUCUACACACAAAAGCGCACAUGCAUUUAAAAGCAAACACUACAUACAAAUACACACACCACUGCUUUCAAAUGUAAACACUACACACAAGUACACCACUGCCUUCCAAUGGUAACAGUACAUACAAAUACACCCCUACAUGCACAGACAUACUCUAUACAAAAACAUGUUUAUAUUAAAACGCGCAAACACUGCUCACAAAUACAACUCUGCAAGGAUGGGCAAAUGGUAGAUCCACAGCUGGCAAAGUGUUGUGGAGUUAACUGACAGAUAGAAUCUACAUUUUCACCACUCUUGCACUAAAAUAUGCCUUGCACAAGGACCCUGUCAACAAUAGUUCCGCCACUAGGUGGGGGUGAAUGGUGUGAUAGCAUGCCAGAGAGUGGGGGGGGAGGGAGGGGGAUUUCCCAAUCGCUUCCUCUCCUACUUCUCUCUCAGUAUCUGUUUUUCUUUUCUUUAUUUCUUAACUAGUUUUCUUUAACCCCUUAAGGACACAUGACAUGUGUGACAUGUCAUGAUUCCCUUUUAUUCCAGAAGUUUGGUCCUUAAGGGGUUAAAACAUAAGAUAAAGAGGGGCGGCGCCUGACUUCCGGCGCGAAUGGCGGCAUCUUGCUAGAGCUCCGCUCCUAGCAGGCCCUGCAGAAGCACACAUAAGCUGCAAUUCCCACCCUACUACCGCACAAACACCCUCCACAGAACCACCUACCCUCAGUGCACCCGAGGACAUGGGCGGCGGGCGCAAAUCCUCAAAGGGGUCGGCGGUGGCCCCGAUAUUCAGAUCCCGCGCACCAGAAGAGGGACGGCGGGCGGAGGAACAGAGGGAGUCUGACUCCGACUCCACAGCCAGCGACGUGAGCCACCGGAACACAACCCCCAUCACGAGGGAGGACCUCCGUGGCUUACUGCAAGACAUAAAGGAGAAUAUGGCGGCGGAAUUUGCUAAGCACCUGGCACCUCUGCGGGCGGGCCUGACAGACCUCGUGCAACGCACCAGCUCCCUAGAGGACAAGAUGGCUGCCACCUCCUCCAAAGCGAAUACCCACGAGCAGGCACUACAAAACCUCACAGAGCAGGUGAAAAGGCUUGAAGAAGCCCAAGAAGACCUUAACAAUCGCUCCAGGCGGAAUAAUAUAAGAAUCAGGGGCCAUAGAUAUGGAGUCCCUCUCCUCCACCAUCAGGGAGACCUUCUGCAGCCUACUCCCAGAAGCACCCCCAGCUGAACUAUUGCUGGAUCGCGCCCAUAGAGCACUGCGGGCCCCCAUCCCCGGAAUGCCAACACCGCGGGAUGUGAUAGUACGGCUCCAUUACUACCAUAUUAAGGAAGCCAUCAUGAGAGUGGCACGAAAUACACCCCUACAAAUUGAGGGACACCAGGUAUUGUUUUUCCAGGACCUGGCCCCGAGCACUCUGCGAAAGCGACGAGAAUUGAGACCGCUCACUCAGGCACUUACACGGAGACGGAUCCGGUAUACAUGGGGGCACCCGUUUAAACUCACAGUGCGAAGAAACAAUCACACGCAUACUCUUCACGACAUCGCUGAAGCACGCAGUUUUGCAGAACAGCUGGGCAUACCCCUUGAGGAUACCAAUAACGAUGGGGGGGCUCAACAUGGCCUCCGCUUCUCCGACCGGAAGAGCCGAGUCGGACCACCAACGACGCCACCCACCCACGGGAGAUCCGAGCCCAGACGCUCGGGAAUAACCGACGCCAAUCAGCAAAUCACCUGCGCAUGGCCAGCUCCACCGGAUUCCGGCGCACCGACAGGACCCUCAACACCUCAAGUACCCAAGGACACUGAAUCCCACACAACCAGGACUCUCAGGAUCCCGACAGGCCGCUGACAUGAUGCACCUUCCACCAUCCGACGGACAGAUAAGACUCUAUUGGCCUCAAUGUUUUCCUUCAUCUCUCUUUGUUUGUUUUUUGUUAAGCUUUUGCUGUAAAAUUGCUCGCACACACCAGCACACACUGUAGGCCCCUGCGCAUGCACGAAACACAUUCAUAACAACCUUACCUUCUAUACAACGCACCUAAACUGGAGGGGGGGCAGGAGGGGGGUACAGGGAGGUAGGGAAAGGGGAGACGACACAAAAAAAUAAUAAAAAAAAAGGGGGGGACGGCAACUCAUAAACGAAGGAAGGGGAAAAAAAAAAAAAAAUAAAAACUGUAGAGAAAAAUGCACCACAAAACAAAAACGCAGGCAGACAGCCAACAGCACGACAUAUUUGUCUUAAGCAGCGUAAUACAGGGAACUCACAUGCUACCAAGGCCUGAGAUCACCCACUCUGACCAGCCACCGUCUUCAAAGACUAAGGCACUAUAUAUCACAGCGAGAAAGUACAACUGAAGCGAUAUGAAUAGGCUAGGCAACAACUCAUUAGAGGAUACGCCACUACCUACUGAUACCCACAUAUAGCACAUACCUGAAGGGAAUAAUACUAGAGGUGGCAUGGCAAAACUAGCCCGCGGCAUAUGACACGGCAAAACACUUUUCUCUGAGAUCUAAACAUUAUAUUCUGUUAUGUGCAACGGGGGCGCACCUGUUUUGAGAAUUUUAAUGCUUUUAAACGGACUUGCACUAGUCAUUAUUCUGCUUAAUGUUAUUCCAACUGUGAUUCCAGUGUACUACAUGCGGAGACAAGACUACUCCACAGGACGCCCCACCCCUUGGUCACUAAGGGAAGACGAAGACUGACGCUAGAGAGGACGGCCCUACUAUAAACCACAGCCUCCCAGAGCGACUGAGACUCCCGUAACACAGACCGACUAUGGGUACAGUACUCACACACACUUUACGCCUAUUGGCGACAUACACCUGGGGCCUUGCUCCUCCCCCUUCGGGCCUCCCUACUCUGGUGGGGGGUGGCAGGGGGGGGGAGUGACGCCGGGGAUGCUGAGAGCUGGCAAGUAACACGACCAACCCACACCCCUACAAGGAAUUGCAACAACUUCAACAACGGGCCUGUAGGCACCUCUGGCUACCUGCCACUACCCACCAAUCCAUCACCACACCUACCCCUUACGCAUACGGAGCAGUCAGGCGGACCACUCCACCACCUACUGGCAACGAGUAAGACCAGUAGCCUGGCCCUCCAGGGCCCAUACUACCAAUACCUCACCCUUGCACAUUACCCCCCCUCUUUCCACUACCACCCCUCAUCCUCCCUCCCACCCCAUACCCCCCCUGCCAAUCCACAGUCGCGGCGCGGAGCCCCGGCCGGGCGCUCGGCCUCCAAAUCAUUGGACCCACCACCCGCCAACGCACCACACAGAUUGCGGUUGGACCUGAACCGGGGGGCACGACCAUUAUCAUGCCACUAUCCCUGAAAUGCGUUUCUAUUAACACCAAGGGCCUCAACACCCCCGCUAAGCGACAUGGCCUACUACGAUGGGCACAUAGGCAACACAUAGACAUAUUGCUCCUGCAAGAAACACAUUUCACACCCACGAGAUCGUUCCCUCUCACCAACCGAUACUAUAAACAAAGCUACAUGGCCAACUCCCCGGACACGAAGACGAAGGGGGUAGCAAUUGUACUCAAAACCACAUGCCCCUUAACAGAUAUCAGGAGAACAAGCGACCCCCAAGGACGUUAUGUGACGAUAGAAGGGAAAAUAGGAGCAACACCAUAUGCUAUAAGUUCGGUAUACGCUCCCACUACCCCACACAAUACGUUUUGGCUGCAAUACGCUACACACUUACAAGCCUACGCAGGCAAACGCCUGAUAGUAGGUGGCGACUGCAACGCUACACACAUGCCAGCCAUCGAUAGAUCAUCGCGGGGGACGGAAGCUCCACAACCUUCCCGAAACGAUACCCACUUUGCCCAUUUCCUAGCCACGCAAACACUAGUAGACAUCUGGAGAGCACAACAUCCAUCUACCCGAGACUACACCUUCUACUCGCACCCACACGCCUCAUACUCACGCAUCGACUACUUCUUACUCUCCCCAAAUCUGAUAUCGCAGAUAACUCACACCUCUAUAGGUUCCAUAUCGUGGUCAGACCACGCAGACAUAACAAUUAUUAUACGCCUACCAGACCUCAAAAGACCAUGGACCUGGAAAUUAAACCCACUGCUCCUCCAUGAUACACAAAUCAGGCAAUCAGUCGCUCAAACCAUUGAGGACUACUUCGCCACAAACGCGGAAUCAGCCAAGUCCCCAAUCACGCUAUGGGCGGCACACAAACCAGUGAUCAGAGGCAUUCUCAUUAGCCUAGCGUCAACCCAUAAAAAAAAGAAGACACAGCAAAUUACGGAGACACUGACGGAGCUACGAAAGCUCGAAACGAGCCACAAACGCGACCCACAGCCACGUACUCUGCGCGAACUCACUGCCGCCAGAGACCUCCUCAAACGACUAAUGCACACGGACACGACCAAAGCCUUGAUGUGGCUCAAACAAAAAUACUAUGAAUCAGGCAAUAAAGCCGAUACCAUGCUAGCCCGUCGGCUUAAAAAACGCUUAGAGGCCAAAAAUAUAUCGUCUAUACGUACGAGGACGGGUUCGAUCAGCGACAUACCUGAGCAGAUCGGGGACACGUUCCAACACUAUUUCAAAUCCCUAUAUAACCACUCAUCACACCUCGGUCACGACUCCACGGCCUACCGGGAACGGCUAGACAAUUACCUCCAACACAUAACCCUACCUACCCUCUCCCAAGCCGCCAAACAAGCUUUAGAAGCAGAGGCGACAGUGGAAGAGAUGGCAUUAGCCCUCGGGGCUUGUAAACCUAAUAAAAGCCCGGGCCCCGAUGGGUACACUGCUCUCUACUACAAAGAGUUUAGCCCCCUACUCCUCAAACACCUCUGUGCCGUAUUCAACGCUACCUUGCCAGGCGAACACCUUCCACAGGACAUGACGAUGGCAAACAUAUGCUUACUCCCCAAACCUAACAAAGACCUCACGGAACCCGAACAUUAUCGGCCCAUCUCCCUACUAAACAUAGAUCUUAAAAUCAUGAGCAAGAUGAUGGCCAACCGAAUCAACCCGUACCUAGACAGAUUAAUACACCCAGACCAAGUGGGCUUCAUUCCCAAUAGGCAGGCAUUAGACAAUACCCGCAGAAACAUAGACCUCAUAUGGCUCACUCAUCACCGCAAACUCCCUACCACCGUGAUCUCCCUAGAUGCCGAAAAGGCGUUUGACCGCCUACUCUGGCCCUUCCUCUACCGCACACUGGUACAUAUGAACUUCCCGAGCGCCUUCAUCGCGUUCCUGCAGGCAACAUACCACUCCCCUCAAGGAGCCCUCCUGCUCCCCAACAUCACACCACCCAGAUUCCCGAUAUCAAAUGGCACACGACAAGGGUGCCCACUAUCGCCCCUCAUGUUCGCCUUAUCGUUAGAGCCUUUACUCCAAGCAAUCCGAAACAACCCUCAGGUAGAGGGAGUAACUAUCAGAGGCGAAAAAUACACGGUGUCUGCUUACGCGGACGACAUUCUCCUAACACUAACCAACCCGGAACAAUCCAUAGAAGCCCUACUAAAAACCAUACACGACUACGCCUCGGUGGCAGGCUACAAGUUGAACUUGGAAAAGUCAGAAAUCCUACCCAUUCAGCUCACCGACCCACAACUAAACGCCCUAAAAAACAAAUACCCAUUUCGAAUAUGCCCCACAGCCAUAACCUAUCUGGGGAUCCAGUUACCAGCAGACUUAACCACCUUAUAUGCAAAAAAUUACACACCGUUACUCCGCAUCGCACACAGCGAUCUGCAAAAAUGGGCGAAGCUGGGAGUUUCCUGGCUGGGACGGGUGACGUCUGUAAAGAUGACGCUACUUCCCCGAUUGCUAUACCUCUUUCAGACGCUGCCCGUCCCUCCCAACAAAGCUGACCUUAAAACCCUACAUACGGCGGUCGACAAAUUUAUCUGGAACGGACGUAAACCUAGAGUCAGUAGGAACACACUCUACGUCCCCAAAAAAUGCGGAGGCCUCGGGUUACCACACUUCUCACACUACUAUGCAGCUGCACAAUUAGCCCAGAUCCAGCACUGGCAUGCCCCGCCACAAACCAAACGAUGGGUGGACAUUGAACAUACAAUCUUUGGCAGAGAUCACCCAUCCCUCUAUAUGUGGGUCCCUAAACCACAUCGACCUCUACCCCCCCCAACUGCCCCAGCCAUCACUCAUUCCUUAGACCUAUGGGACAGACUGCAGGAUAAAUUCGAUUUGUCCUCAUAUCUCUCCCCAAUGACCCCGAUUUGGAGGAACAAACUCUUCCCACCAGGGCUCACUCCAGUCCACUUCGCCCAGUUCGACCAAAGAGACAUUGUAAGACUCAGCCACCUAUAUCAGUACAAUAAGGUAAUUCAAUACUCGGAAAUCAAAGACGCUGAUACUCUCACGGCAUUUGACCACUUCCGAUACAUUCAGUUACGCAGCUUCGCCUCCACCCCGAUGAUCUAUCAAGCAGGCACGGCCACAUUCACUAGCUUUGAGAAAGACUGCACACACCACCCACUUAGACGAGGUCAAAUCUCAGACCUCUACACGACCCUGGUCACUCACCCCACCCAAAUAGCUUUGCCAUAUAUAGUGGCUUGGGAAAAAGACCUAGGACCCCCGGAGGAUAACACUGACUGGGCAGAUAUAUGGGAGGCAACGGCCUCAAUCUCUAUCUGCGUAACACAUGCGGAACAAGCAUACAAGAUGCUGUUUCGCUGGUACCUUACUCCCCACCGCUUAGCAAUCAUCCACAAAACACCUAACACCUGCUGGAAGCUGUGUGGAGAACAGGGGACGUUCCUCCACUGUUGGUGGACCUGCCCCAAAAUUAAACCUUUAUGGCUCAGCGUCACUACACUACUCACGAAACACUUACACAAACCAUACCCUCUGGACCCAUGGGCCCUACUGCUCUCCAAACCUUUAGAGACCCUGACCAGAGCAGAAAACAAGCUUAGCGCACGCAUUGCCCUGGCAACGAGGCGAGCAGUAGCGGAAUUAUGGUCGACAAACCGACUACCCUCCCAAUUCCUUAUAACGAAAAAAAUACAAGACCACGUACAAAUGGACAAGCUUACAUCCCAAAUCCACAAUACGCCCAAACACUUCCACAAAAUAUGGGACCCAUGGCUGGAGGGGGACACCUCCCUACCUUGGUAAACAUACACAUAACUCUUGCAGGCACAAACAACUCGCAGACGUAGAUACCCCUGUUCUCCCUGUAACUCCUCAGCUCCGGAGUUUAUGUGUGUGUCCCCCCUUUAAUUAUUAAAAUAGGCAUCCCACCAUGGGGUCAUAAUAUACUUGGUUCACGAUUCUUUAAAGGAAGGUUACAGUGGAAUUAUGGAAGGAUGCAUCACUCAGUUUUACAAAGGCCUUUGUGUUCUCUUCAAAAACACAUCUAUGGCUCCAAUGUUUUUCUUACAAGGAGUGCGGAGGAGGACCUAUUUUAUGCAACUGAUCUUUCUGAUAGUGACAAAAUUAAUGUCAUUUAAUGAGGUAUGACCAUUGAAUCACCAACAUAGAUAAUAAAAACAUGCCUGUCAUCCCUCACCACAGAUGGCAUUCUACCUCUGUUGUGUUUGCUUAUUUUUUUGCGUUUCUCCCACCUUUUUACGUAUCGCUGAAACUACAGCCCCACCUUGAAACUUAUGUGAAAAAGGGAGCCCCCACCUUACUUCUAACGUUACCUGUUGAGACCACAAACCUCUCCCUUGACCACAAUACAUUCCUGUUGAUCCUGCUCACGAUAGGGAUGGCACUUUCAUAUAUAAAGGUGACAAAGCAGGAACCUUAAGGUAUCUACUUUGUAUCACUCUGGGGUGCUCCAUCAACAUUUAUUAUUUGGGACUGACCGCCUACUUAUAGUCCAAGAUGGCCUGUUACCUGCUGCUUAUAUGCGUUCUGAUCCUUUAUGGAAUUCCAAUGGGUAAAUAUAAGAGACUCGUAUACCUUAGCAAUGAAUUAUUAUUAUUGUGUAAGGUAUAUAUAUUACCUACACAGUUAUAUUAUAAGGUGUAUAUGUAACAUGUGUGUCCAGUGUACAGAAUGCAGAUUGACUUCCAAAAACAAUUCUACUCACACAACUGAUUUUUUUUUAAGUGUUUUUUUAUUUAGACACCAAAAGGGGAGCUUUAUCAAAGUGUUAUACUCUGAACAAGUGUUCAAACAUCUAAAACGAGAGGCGUCAUUAAUGGAACCACUGGUUUCCAUGGUGAUUGCACCAGAUUUAGCACAUGGUAUUACUUUGAUAAAUCUCCAUCACUGUAGUCAAAUGAACUCUAUUUAAUAUUUAAUUUACUAUAUGGACAUAAUGUAUAUCCGAGACAAAUUAUACAAAACACAUGGGGAUUUACCGAACAAAAGUGAAAAUAUAGAUUGUGGGUUUUAAGACAUAUUUUUCAUAUCAUAUCAUAUUUUAUUUAUUAGUUAUUUUAUGAAAAGAAAAAAAAAAUUCUUAUACUUUCUUUCAUUAUGGUAUUAACCCUGUACCUAGGUAUAUAGGAAUUUCACUUAUUAUAUUAAUAUAAUAUUUAUUAUAUUUUAAUCUUUUUAUGGAUGGAUGGAUGGAUGGAUUGUCUACUUACAAAAAUUAUCAGUAAGAGCUGUUAGUUAUACUCCACAGUAUUUUCAAAAUUCAGUGCUGGGUCGAUCCAUCUCAAAUGUGGUUCAAUAAUUGUAAAAUUGGUUACUAUACAUUUUAAAAAUGUAGGAUUGAGACUCAAACACUUGUCAUUAUAAAAUGACCCUAAAAGUGCAUCUUUCAAUAAUCUUGGGCAUUAUAUUAAGACUUCUAAGUGUAAGGACCAUCACUGAGCAAAAUAUUUAUAUAUGUAUAGGUAGCUUGUAAUGAGAUAGAGAUAUGUGUUGGAGCUUGGACCACCCUAAGCUGAGACAUUGAGGUUUCUGUAAAAGCUUUAACUAAAAUUUGUUGUGAGCCAUGUCACAAAUAUGGCCACUUUAUUUAAAAUAAGUAAAAUAAAAAACUGUUAUUUUUGCAAUAGCAGCACAUGGAAGUUAUUACUUUAAAAAUGGAAAAAUUCAUAACUGUUAAGCAACCUAUAUUGUACCACAUCAUAUGGAUUAACCCUAAAAAGAGCAUCCUUAUUGACACAUCUUGGGGUGUAGAAAUUUACAGAUGACAAAGAGAGAGCUCACUGAGAUGUGAAAUAUGGAGCAUUAAAUAAAUAUGUAAUAUGUAAUGCAAAUUUAAGUAAUGUUAGCAACUCACAUUAACCAGAGACUGCUAUUCAUAAGAUUAAAUAUGCUAAUAAAAAUAACACUGGUUAUUCCGUAAUAUAGUAAAUGUACAAAAUGAAAAUAUAAAUAUGCUACCCAUUGAUAAAAUAUAAACACAAACCUCACAAAAUAUAAUAAAUUAGCAAACUUUAAAUCUGUGUUUAUGUCUUUUACUUUUUUAGCUAAAAUUAAAUUUAUUUCUCCAUCCCUCUUCUUCAUUCAGAGAGACUGCUUUCAUUAUAACCAUCAUCAAUUCAUGUUUGUUUAUUUUGUCUUUUUUUUGUUUCUACUUAUUUAUUUAUUUUUAUUAUCCAACAAGAAGAAGCAGUGUAAUGUUAAGAGGGUAUAGAGAACUUUAAACAAAUUACAUGAAAAAAAUUAUAAAUUUUUUUAAAUCCCAAUAAAUAUACCCAACAAAGAUUUGCCUUUUGGAUUUCUUUAAUACAAAAUGCUAGUGAUCACUAAAGCAAUUCAUUUUAAUUGUUUUAUUUGCAUUACGUAAGCUGUUAUUGUGUUCUGUUUUCAUCCAUUCCAUCAAGAUGGGUCAAUAUUUUGACUUUUAAGAUUUCACAACGGAAUGUUCCAAAAAUAAAGAGAUCAAUGACUAGGUGUGCCCACAUUUACAGUGGGAACAUGUUGUUUACACAGAUAAAAGAAGGAUAUUGUGUGACAGAUACACCUCUAACCACAUUACUGGGGAUGCUCCAAAAACAAUCAAUCUGUUUGAUAUGACAUCAUCAGGGACAUUACAGUAAAUGAUGGCUUAAAUCUGCUAGAUGCAGGAUGGUACAGAGUAUAUAGAGGGCUUAUUAUUUUACUGAAGGAAAUACAACGCGCUUGUUAUUACUAUUGCUGUGCUCUAUAGCCCCCAUUACUCUCAGCCAGCAUCGGACAGGUUUGUGCAGCAGUUGAGAACAUAAAUAAAUACAUUUUCGAGCUGUAGCUGCUAGUGAACCACUUACUAGAAGUAAUACAUGUAGAUAAAAUAAAUAAAAUAAAUCAUUUAAACUGAAAUAGUAUAUCCCUACACCCACAGUUUGUCGCUUCUGAAAAAAAUACUUAUAUAUUAAUGUCAUAAUGGCACCAGUUUAUGAAUGGGAGCUCUGUUGAACAUUGGUUCAACAGCAUUAAAAAUAGCAAAAACAUGUAUAACAAUAUGGAAACAAAUCUGUGUUAACCCCUUAAGGACACAUGACGUGUGUGACAUGUCACGAUUCCCUUUUAUUCCAGAAGUUUGGUCCUUAAGGGGCUAAGGCCAUUCCGCUAUAUUUUGUAAAAUGUCAGUGUGAUUAACCCAGGCAUUUUUGCUUGGAAACUACAUAUUUCAUGAUGUUUAGACAACGUAUCUGAUUAUCCAUCGCUGCCUUACAGAGUUAAAAUCGGUGUACAUCAGACAGUAAAUAAAAGUAACUGAUAAACAUUAUAUUGUUUCCUUCUCUACAGGAGAACCUCAAACUGUGAGACAAUGUUAUAACUGCAACUACCAAGUAUACUCGCAAUGUAUGUACACUCAAAGUACCAGCACUUACUGUCCGGAUCCUACCGAUCAGUGUGGGACCAUGAAAGUUUUAAUAGGUAAUGUAUAUUGUAAUGGGGGGAUCACACCGUCCAUGGACCAGAUGGAAUAUCUAGAUACGGGGUUCUAUACAAAUCUCUGCUACCAUAGAAUCUGUGUAGGGUGAGAUUUUAUAGAUGCCUUCUGGAGUCACUGAAUGAUUCAGUACAUGGUAUACAUAUGCUAGCCUAAUGUCGGGCCAGGAAUGGGUUUCCUUUAUUAAAAACUAGGCAGUCGUCAGCACGAUUCCAUAUUCUAGAAUCGGAGAUAACAAAGAAAGGACCCCUGCACAGGAGAUGCCCUUGGCAGCAUGUGGCAUGGUGAUAAAGGGCACCCCUUGUUCAUAGGACUGGCCGCAUGUGCCUCUCCAGCCCAUCUCUUUUUCUUUUCUCAAUUCAUUUCUCAUUUUUCUUUUGGUUGCACAUGUGUCUUUACAAGUUACUUUUUUAAUUUAUAUAGAUCAAUAAAGGUUAUAUUUUAGCAUAUGAUUAUAAGGGUCUCCAGGGACCACCUAUACCACGACCCUCAGGGCUUUUUGCCCUUGGGGAUCCUUUCUUUGUUUUCCGCACAUUAGUGAGGGUCACCCCCUAUAAGGCCGUCCCUGACACACCACUACUAGUUCCCUUAGAGGUUACUAGAUUUUUGUUUGUAAAAUCGGAGAUAUGCUGAUGUUUCAACUUAAUUUAUCCAUACGCAAGUCCUCGCAUAACGUUCUUUAAUAAGAACCAUUUUGUAGACUAUUAUGGGUUAUAUAAAACUCUAAAUAAGCUUACCUUCCAAUUUUUAGACAGAAGGACACUUUCAUUUUAGAGGUGUGAGUAGGGGUAUGGCCAGGGACGGGGCUGUUCUGAGACAUUUUAAUUGAUUUACUAAUAACAAUUUAUACAACUAAAAUGUAAUUCAGAACAAGAACAAUGUAUCUUAAUACACAGACUGAUUUCUAAACACAUUUAUUGUAGUUUAAAGACACAUCACUGGGAGUAUUAUUGCUGUGGAGCUCUGUUUUACACUUAGACACAUUACUGGGAGUAUUAUUGCUGUGGAGCUCUGUAAUACACUCAGACACAUUACUGGGAGUAUUAUUACUGUGGAGCUCUGUUAUACACUCACACACAUUACUGGGAGUAUUAUUGCUGUGGAGCUCUGUUAUACACUCAGACACAUUACUGGGAGUAUUAUUGCUGUGGAGCUCUGUUUUACACUUAGACACAUUACUGGGAGUAUUAUUGCUGUGGAGCUCUGUUAUACACUCAGACACAUUACUGGGAGUAUUAUUGCUGUGGAGCUCUGUUAUACACUCAGACACAUUACUGGGAGUAUUAUUGCUGUGGAGCUCUGUUAUACACUCAGACACAUCACUGGGAGUAUUAUUGCUGUGGAGCUCUGUUAUACACUCAGACACAUUACUGGGAGUAUUAUUGCUGUGGAGCUCUGUUAUACACUCAGACACAUUACUGGGAGUAUUAUUACUGUGGAGCUCUGUUAUACACUCAGACACAUUACUGGGAGUAUUAUUGCUGUGGAGCUCUGUUAUACACUCAGACACAUUACUGGGAGUAUUAUUGCUGUGGAGCUCUGUUAUACACUCAGACACAUUACUGGGAGUAUUAUUGCUGUGGAGCUCUGUUAUACACUCAGACACAUUACUGGGAGUAUUAUUGCUGUGGAGCUCUGUUAUACACUCAGACACAUUACUGGGAGUAUUAUUGCUGUGGAGCUCUGUUAUACACUCAGACACAUUACUGGGAGUAUUAUUGCUGUGGAGCUCUGUUAUACACUCAGACACAUUACUGGGAGUAUUAUUGCUGUGGAGCUCUGUUAUACACUCAGACACAUUACUGGGAGUAUUAUUGCUGUGGAGCUCUGUUAUACACUCAGACACAUUACUAGGAGUAUUAUUGCUGUGGAGCUCUGUUAUACACUCAGACACAUUACUGGGAGUAUUAUUGCUGUGGAGCUCUGUUAUACACUCAGACACAUUACUGGGAGUAAUAUUGCUGUGGAGCUCUGUUAUACACUCAGACACAUUACUGGGAGUAUUAUUGCUGUGGAGCUCUGUUAUACACUCAGACACAUUACUGGGAGUAAUAUUACUGUGGAGCUCUGUUAUACACUCACACAUUUUAUUGCUGUGGAGCUCUGUUAUACACUCAGACACAUUACUGGGAGUAUUAUUACUGUGGAGCUCUGUUAUACACUCACACACAUUACUGGGCGUAUUAUUGCUGUGAAGCUCUGUUAUACACUCACACACAUUACUGGGCGUAUUAUUGCUGUGAAGCUCUGUUAUACACUCAGACACACCAACAAAAUGGAGCUCCUAGACAAGAGCAGAGGGGCACAAAUUAGAGACCUGGGGUUCAGUGAAAGUUUGUGUGAAUAACUAGUUUAGGAAGGAUAGCAUUCUAUUAAAGUCUAUGUGAGUUCUGUAGAAAUCUAUAAAGGGACUAGGUUUUAUGAAGAUGUGUCAGUCUAUAGCAACCUGUGAAUCGCCAGAACCUUGUGAGUUGUUGCUUUGAUAGGCAUUUUGAGCAAAUUGUGUGAGAUGAUGGUUUGACGAAUGAAGAAUGGGGUUGUAAAACAGUGUAUAAGAAGUAAGGAUGGGAUUCCCUUGAAAUCAGAGUUUCUGAAUUGCAGGAAAAGAAGUCUGAUUGAGCGGCUAUUUUGGAAACAAUUCUAGGCUCUAUACGAAUAUAGGACGUGCUUGGCUAUAGAUUCUAGGAAGUCGCCAAAUGUUUGCAGUAAACAUGUACUUUAACUCCAAAAAAAGAUUAAUUCAUAUAUUAGGUAACCAGACUAAAAUUAAAAAAGAAGUAUAUUUAAGUAAAUAUCAAUAAAUAGUGACAAAAUCUGUCAUUUUAAACUGUUUUAUCUGAAAUGUAAAAACUGAAAAAUAACAAACUAUGUUUUUGUUGCCUUAUUUAACCCCUUAAGGACACAUGACAUGUGUGACAUGUCAUGAUUCCCUUUUAUUCCAGAAGUUUGGGCCUUAAGGGGUUAAACAUUUACUCAAGAACAAACAUUGAUCUAAUGCCUGAGAGGAAAUGUCAGAUUUGGGUUAUUGAAGUGGUCAUGGUGCCUGGAGUCUGUAUGUGCAACUCUGCACACACCAAGUUUAACCGUUUGGCUGCCAGGGGUGCAACUGUAAAUGCAACAUCAUGGGGUGUCAUCAGGCAGCCCGGAACUAGAAUUACAGACUGGCUCGUUUCAAUUCUGUACACAUUUGUUAUUUUGCACAGUGUGCCAUUCACUGGCUGAGAGUGGGCAGCAAUGAAUGAAUGGCGACUGCAUCGGCGUCUUGUUUCUGCAGCUCUGCAGAAGCAGGAUGUGUGUUGCAGUGAAGAAGAGAAGCUUCAGGCCUAGCAAAGACCCAACAUCAUUAAACAGUUUGCCUCACUAGGAACCCGGCUCUCGUACUCUUGGCAGCAUUACCACUUAUAGGAUAGAAGAUGGCACUUGAAAGCCUUUAUUUCAAAAAAAUAAUCAAAGAGAUACACUGUAGAAAGGCAUAUAUUAAAAAUGUGUUAAAGGAACACUCUAAGUCCCAUAACAACUACAGCAUAUGGUAGUGGUUAUGGUGCCAUGAGUCUUGUGGUGCCCAUUCCUUUUUGAGUGUUGUGGUGCCCAUUCCUGGUUUGAUUACUUAUUCUAAGUAGUCAAACCAUUUUAAACAAGGUUUGUCUUCUUACGUUGGGUCUGCUGGGGGAGAGGGGUCACUUCUCCCCUCUACUUUAUCCAAGAGAGGAGGAUUCUCCAAACUCUGGCCCUCCAGGUGUUCCUUAACUACAACUCCCAUGAGUCUUUGGUUAUGUAUUUCAUUCAGGGCCACAGUUUGGACAACCCUGCAAAAUGAAGCCAGAAGCUCCUGCUUAGGACAUACCUCCCAAUAUUUCAACUGGAGGAACACUUUAUUUUUAGGGGUGUGAGUGGGAAUGCAACAUUUACUUUUUUAAGAUACACAAAAACAUUUUUUAAAUGUUAUCCUGCAACCAUAAACAUCAGCGUUAUUCAAUAAAGUAUGAAUUGCUGGGAAUUCAACCAUAAACAUCAGUGUUAUUCAAAGAAAGUAUGAAUUGCUGGGAAUUCAACCAUAAACAUCAGUGUUAUUCAAAGAAAGUAUGAAUUGCUGGGAAUUCAAAGUGAAUUUAACAUUUUAGACCAAAAUAGCUGAAAUGAAAACACAGCAUAUUUAAUUAUUUUAAAUUCACUUUACUUUGUAUUUUAAUUCUGAUUUUAUCUAUUUGCUGACAAUUCAGUGCUUGAUUGUGGAUUUUAGCCUCUGUCAGCAGGAAAAGGUAUUUGAAAGAGCAACAGGUGUAAAUCCCAUUAAACUCUGUUUCUUUCUCCAAUGACAGGAAAUCAGGUGGCUUUCUCCAGAUCUGGAUGCAUUGCCACAGCAGAAUGCAACAGAUCCUCCGUAGCAAUAACAACAGGAAUACUCAGAACGUACUUUUACAAUUCAACAUGUUGUGAAACGAAUUUCUGCAACAGUGGUUUCUCCAUCCGAGCACCCCAACUCGCCUUCCUGGGAGUCCUGCUCACCCCUACACUAUUUGCAAUGCUUUGAGGAAAACACUCACUCAUUCUCUUUAUAAGAUAUAUUUGUAUUUUAAGAAAGUGUAACAAAUAUAUGUACAGUA